AUGGUGACCACCAGGAACACGACCGCUGAGGACCCGGCGGAGGCGAUCAGAGCUUUGCGACAGCAGAUGGAGGACAUGAGGCGGCAACACGAGCAAGAGUUAUCGGCGGUGAGAGAGGAGUGUGCCGCUCGGAUUGCCCGAGAGCGAGAAAUCAGGGAGAAAGGCAUUCUCCACCCGGAUGGCGUUUCGAACGGGCAACAGGCAAUUUGGUGCCGAGCUUUCUCCCUUUCAUUAGAAGGUGAGGCGCUCGAAUGGUUUAAUGCUUUACCUGCGGGAUCCAUCCAGAGUUUUGAGGGGUUGAAGGAGAUGUUCGGGAGACAAUUCGCUGGUAGCCGGGCCGAAGACCCCACGGUCUUUGAACUUUCCAAUCUUAGGCAGGGGAAAGAUGAGACGCUGAAAGCAUUCAUGGACCGCUAUCAGAAGAUGGUCCGAAGGGUUAAGGGGUUAAACGUUGAAUUGGCCCUGCAAUAUGUGAUGCCCGCCCUUCGCCCAGGUCCCUUUAAGGAUAGUGUGUGCCGGAAGAGACCGAAGACCAUGGAGGAGUUGAGAGAGCGGGCGGCAGAUGAAAUGAGGGUGGAGGAGAUGAAGCAAGCUUACAAGAAGGAAAGCCAGGAGUCAAAGGAAAAGGCCGAGGGGAAGAAACCCGACGGGUCCUCGAGGAUGGGGGGCUUCAAGCCGCGGGAGGCCCCCCGAGGACCCAAGUUCCAACAGUAUACCCCACUGAACGCCCCUCCUGCGCGUAUCUUGCAAGAGGCACUAAGUGUCAAUUUGAUUCUCCCCCUGAAGAAGCGGCCUACACCGGCGGGUGCUGAUGGCAAUAAGCAUUGCCUGUAUCACCAGAACAUGGGGCAUACCACGGAGGAGUGUGUGACCCUGCGAGACUAG